UUUUCGGAAUGUUGACGGCAGAAGCAGAAAGAAUCAGGUUGGGGAAUGUUGUUCAAGAAAACACCGAACCCCUUUCUGGUGUGUCAAAUCCGAGCUGUACAGGCAAUGGAGCGCUUGUUUUUCGGGGCGAUACAACCUCUAUUUUUUCGGCAUUUUGUCUGCCUCCACCAGGAAAUGUAAACCAAUGUCUCAUUCUCGUCCUUGGAGAAUUUGAACGGUUCGUUUGUCCACAGAAAGGCUACCUCAAUGGAUUCAUCAAUGAUGGAGGACAGAGACGAGCUAUAUGCUGUUCUGUGUCUGGAGCUUCUUACAAUAACGAUGAAUGUGGGGAAUGGUUCCGAACGCGGGAAAAUUUUGCAUCACCUUUCGGUCCAGGUUUUUUAAUCACUGGAACUGACCCAGAGCCAGACGGGAUGGGAGGCAACCUUGGUUUCUUCAUCAGGGAAUGUCCAUACAGAAAAACUCAGUACACGUAUCAUUAUCGGGAAAAUAUGUAGGAUUUACAAAAUAAAGAAUGUUAAUAAUUUC